CGGGCCUGGCUGUAGAAAGGGAAGGGGCGCGGACCGGGUGAGAAGCCCGGCCUGGGCGUGUGAGUGGCUCUCGGGCGGCGGGGGAGACGUCACGCCACGCGCGUCUGUGGUAGAGAGCCAAGAUCCUGCAUUACUGCCAUCUCCUGGGCACCUGGUCCUCCUUGGAAGUUCACUGUCGCCACUGUUCCCUAGACAACAUGGAUGUGGGUGAAGAUGAAUUAUCUCUGCUGACUUCACUACUGGAAGAGAAUGAGUCAGCCUUGGAUUGUCAUUCAGAAGAGAGCCACCCUUCCAUCCAGGAUGAUGGUAAACCUGAUACAUUUGAUGAGCUCUUCGAUGCUGACGGUGACGGUGAAUCUUACACAGAGGAGGCUGAUGAUGGGGAAGUGGAAAAGACUCAAGACCAAAAGGAAAAUUUGGCUACUCUCUUUGGAGAUAUGGAGGACUUAUCAGAUGAAGAAGUUCCUGCAUUACAAUCAACUAAAAACAGAGCCCGCCCUGCUCCUGCUCCCAAUCAAGGGAAAACUAAUCAAGAGUUACAAGAUGAGUUAAGGAAGUUGCAAGAGCAAAUGAAGUCUUUACAAGAACAGCUAAAAAUGGCGACAAUUAAACAGCCUGCAAGUCCAGCUUGUCCACAUAAAUCUGUAGAGAAGUCUCCACGCCCCCCUCUUAAAGAGAAAAAAGUUCAGAGAAUUCAGGAAUCAACAUGCUUUUCUGCAGAGCUUGAUGUCCCUACUCUACCAAAAACCAAGCGAGUGGCUCGGACACCAAAAGUUUCACCUGCAGAACCCAAAAGCUCACCUUCAAAGAUGGUAUGUGCACCCUCCCAACCUCUCCGAAUGAUGCCUGGAAACAAACCUAAUUGGAUGACUAGAGAUAAGGGUGUGGAGGCCACCAGGAGUUCUGGGGACAUAGCUCAGCCGGUCUCUGUGGAAGCCUUCUCUGGCCUGAGGCUCAGACGGCCUCGAGUGUCCUCCACAGAAAUGAACAAGAAAAUGACAGGUCGAAAACUGAUCAGACUGUCUCAGCUCAAGGAAAAGAUGGCAAGUGAAAAGCUAGAAGAAGUAGACUGGGUAACAUUUGGGGUUAUAUUGAAGAAAGUCACUCCACAGAGCUGUAACAGUGGGAAAACAUUUAGCAUCUGGAGACUAAAUGAUCUUCGUGACCUGACACGGUAUGUGUCAUUGUUCUUGUUUGGAGAAGUUCACAAAGAACUCUGGAAGACUGAACAGGGUACCGUCAUAGGGCUACUCAAUGCUAACCCCAUGAAGCCCAAGGAUGGUUCAGAGGAGGUGUGCUUAUCUAUUGAUCAUCCUCAAAAGAUCUUAAUUAUGGGUGAAGCUCUUGACCUGGGAACCUGUAAAGCAAAGAAGAAGAAUGGAGAACCAUGUACACAGACUGUUAAUUUGAAGGACUGCGAGUACUGUCAGUAUCACAUUCAGGCCCAGUAUAAGAAGCUCAGUGCCAAGCGAGCUGACUUGCAGUCCACCUUCUCCGGAGGACGAAUUCCAAAGAAGUUUGCCAGCAAAGGCAUCAGUCUGAGAGAACGGCUGUGUCAGGAUGGUUUUUACUAUGGAGGGGUUUCUUCAGCAUCAUAUGCAGCCUCAGUUGCAGCAGCUGGUGCUCCUAAAAAGAAGAUUCAAACCACUCUGACUAAUCUGGUCGUGAAGGGCACAGAUUUGAUCAUUCAGGAAACUCAACAAAAACUCGGAAUAGCCCAGAAAAGCUUGUCUUGCUCUGAGGAAUUCAGAGAAUUGAUGGACUUGCCCACAUUUGGAGCCAGAAACUUGAAACAACAUUUAGCCAAAGCCAAAUCAUCAGGGAUCAUGGGAAGCUCAAAACCUGCUUUCCAGUCUAUCUCGGCAUCAGCCCUCCUGAAGCAACAGAAGCAGCUUAUGUUGGAGAUGAGGAAGAGGAAAUCAGAAGAAAUGGAGAAACGAUUUUUACAAAGCUCAAAUGAGGUCUCGAGCCCAGCUGUGCCGUCGUCUUCUCGACAGCCCCCCCCUCGGUCUCCACCAACAGGGGCUGAGUUCCCCAGGCUGGGAGCAACCCCACCCACACCGGUGCCCACGCUGGGGCGAGGCAUCUCAGAAGGAGAUGAUGUUCUCUUUUUCGAUGAGUCACCACCUCCAAAACCAAAACUGAGUGCUUUAGCAGAAGCCAAAAAGUUAGCUGCUAUAACCAAAUUAAGGGCAAAAGGCCAAAUUCUUUCAAAAACAGACCCAAACAGCAUUAAAAAGAAGAAAAACUACCCCGAGGAUGUCCUGGAAGUGAAGGCACGUGUAGAAAAGAAUACCACAUUCUCUCCGCAAGCUGAGGAUGAAUUGGAGCCUGCCAGGAAAAAAAGGAGAGAACAGCUUGCCUACCUGGAAUCUGAAGAAUUUCAGAAAAUUCUAAAAGCAAAAUCGAAGCACACAGGGAUCCUAAAGGAGGCCGAGGCUGAGCUGCAAGAACUCUAUUUUGAGCCACUGGUGAAAAAAGAACAAAUGGAAGAAAAGAUGAGAAACAUCAAAGAAGUGAAAUGUCGAGUGGUGACAUGCAAGACGUGUGCCUAUACCCACUUCAAGCCUUUGGAGACCUGCAUCAGCGAGCAACAUGACUACCAUUGGCACGACGGCAUAAAAAGGUUUUUCAAGUGUCCCUGUGGAAACAGAUGCAUCUCCCUUGACAGGCUUCCCAAAAAGCAUUGCAGUAACUGUGGCCUCUUCAAAUGGGAGCGGGACAGAAUGCUAAAGGAAAAGACAGGUCCAAAAAUAGGAGGAGAAACUCUGUUACCAAGAGGAGAAGAACAUGCCAAAUUCCUGAAUAGCCUUAAAUAGCCCUGACUUCUGACAGAUACCCACCACCUACAUUGCUUCUUUUGGUUCUGGGAAAGCAAGGAUUGGUUCUAUGUGGCCCAGGUUCCUGAUUGACACAGUCAAAACAAGUGCUGGUUAAGCCUACAAGCUUUGCCUACAUACUCCCCUUCAUUGUGUUGAUUAAACACCAAAUUUAACAUCAACCUAUAAGUGGAAAGUCAAGAUAUCUUUAUCUUCUGUGUUCUUAGUACCGAUGGCCACAUUCAUACAAAUUUUUGCCCCAAAACUGUAAGGUAAAUUGAGAUUCUGUGUUUCUUUAUCUCUUGGGUUAUAGAGUGUGCAGUAUCACUUCUUUAUCGCAAUAAAGUUCUGGUUUUUAUAUGGACACAGAGGCAAAAGAAUUAACUUAGCUUACCCCAGACAAGUCGCUUAAAUUCUGGGCUUCAGUUUCCGUACCUGUAAAAGGAGGAAAAUUGGACUGACUGAUCUUGAAAUGUGUCUUUUAGCACUCAUAUUCUAUAAAUAUAUAACUUUUUUUCAUCUAGAUAAUUAUGAUCAUUGCCCUUGAUUUAGCGAUAUAGUUUUGAUAUACUGAUAUUAUAAGCCAGGUUCCUUCUUUCUGUUACAUUACCUCUGUUUUGGUUUUUUCGUUGGUUUGUUUUUAAUUGAUUAAGUCACCGAACCACUGGCAUUUCAAGUCCUGUUUGUAUGGCUCUCUGCCCAUACCAUAUUGUGGAGCUUUGAAUGCAAAUACCUAAAAAUCUCAUUUAAAAAUACCAUUUAAAGAAGCUGAAACCUUUAACCAAAAUGAACGCAACAUUUGAGAAGCUAUGAAGCAUGACUGAAAAAGAGAAGCAUCCCAUAAAUGGAGUUUGGGAUUUGCACAUGUACUUUAUUAUAUACAUCAAGAAUUAUAGCUCAAGCUCUGGCAAAUUAUCAUCAGAAAAUCCCAUUUGGGGGAGUCCUCUGCCUGUGCAACCUGGCUUUCCAAAUACCAUUUGACCCAAAUGAAUGCUAAUAUCACUUAAAGAUCAGGUAAAUUGGUAGGAUUAUUGUCUUGGGAUUUGAGCUCUCGCUCGAAGUAGAUUAGACUUCCCCAAGAUGGUGUUAUGGUAGGAACAUUACAAUUACGGGAGGUGAUUGUGGAAGAUGGUUGAUUUAGGUAUAUAAGAGUCAAAUAAAAUUCAUCAAACUGUGUGGGUAAAAGGUGCUAUGUCUGCCUUUGUGCUUCCCCCUAAGGUCAUACUCUAAUAACUAUAUUUUUAGGAGUAUUUCAUUUCCAGAAGGUAAUGGGUUUUCAGUUUUAACUAACAAUAAAGUGCUUAAUUCUUAAUUAGAACUAAAACCACUUGAAACUGGUAUUUUUAAUGGCUUGCUUAGAGAUGAUUUGUCCCAUAAACUUAGAACAGAGCUAUGUACUUGAAAUGGUCACAACUGAGCAGCUGCCUAGAACUUGAACUCCAGGUUGCUUGUUGAGAAAUUCCCUUCCUAUGUGAGAACAUGUUCUUAUUUGAAACGAGGGCAUCCAAGUCCAUAUUCACUUGAAUCUUGUAUGUGAGUAGUGUGAUAUUCUUAUAAAGAUUGAUGGUGAGCUGAAUCUGACGGCUUCCUUUUUUAAAGUUUGAUUUUAAUUUUUUUUUAUUUUAAAUUUUAAAAUAUAAAUAUGACUGAAAAAUAUAAUAAUGACGCCCUAGCCAGUUUGGCUCAGUGGAUAGAGCAUCAGCCUGCGGACUGAAGGGUCCCGGGUUCAAUUCUGGUGAAGGGCACAUGCCCGGUUGAGGGCUCAAUCCCCAGUAGGGGGCGUGCAGGAGGCAGCCUAUUAAUGAUUCUCAUCAUUGAUGUUUCUAUUUCUCUCCUCCUCUGAUUGAAUGACUGCUCAGUUACACUAGAUCUUGGGGAGUUUUCAUUUGAGGUGGUGUGUGUGUGCAUGCGCCUGCUUAAAAUAUUCAGGGACUUGAAGGGGUACGUGGGCUGCCAGGGCGACUUGUUUGGAUUGAAAAUAGGAUUAAUCAGUGAGAUCAAUCUUUUAAUCCUACCCUCUUUAUCAACAUGUAAUAAAUGCUUUCAUAUAAAACCAAA